AUGUCACCAACCCCCACCAAGCGACCCUCGUCGCACCUACACACACACUCGCCUUCUGGGCCUUGGACCGAGAAGCGACGUCGGAUCAGUCCUCUUCCUCUAGGCGUCGGUGAACUCGGUAACGAUGUUCUGGAAUUUCCCCCUACCAGCGCACACCUCUACUAUCUCGCUCAUUCGGCUCAUCAGGCCAGUCAUACUCACUUGCAACAAGUCUUCGUGCCGUCUUGGGUGGUCACUCCCCCACAUGAAGCGGCACCUCUGCAUAAUCUCUCCUCUUCGACCUCCAGUGACAAUCACGUGUUUACGCAAGAUACUCAAGCUUUGGACAAGGCUUUCGGACUGCUGCUCCUGGCCCUCGACCUCCUUCAGGUAGGGCUCGCCAACAAGAGCUUGUCAGACCGAGAUAAAGUUGUUUUCGGCCACGAGUUCGUCCUUGUUGGUAUCAAAGUACUGGCCGCUUGCAAGAACGGUUCAAGGGGAAGAUCCAACGUAAAAGGCAAGGGUAGACAGGGGCUAGCGGAUCUGAUCGACUUGAAAAAACUCGUCGAUGAUGUGCAAGACUGCGUUGGACAUACGGCCGAAAGCUGUUCGCGUGGACACCGGCAGAUGAGUCAAGUACUCCGGACCGCUCGUGUGCGCUUAUGUUUCACGCACCGUUUCUGGCACCGCCUCUCACACGAUCUCGAUGCCCUGCAAUCCUCCUUGGACACAGUUGGCUCGGCCUCUGACACCGCUUCCUCCGCUUCGUGGUCCACGACACUGCGAGCACAAUACCUCCUACUCAAGGCUCUUUGGGAAGGUCGGAGGGGGAACGAUUCGGCCGUGAAGGGUAUACUCAAAGAGGUGUAUCGCUUAAUGGACGAGGCGACGGAAAAGGGCAGCCUUGUUGAUCUACGUGGCAACGGAGGUGUCUGCCGUAUUGAAUUCCCUGGUCAAUCGGCUGAACCUCAACAAUCGAUCUUGAUUCAACUCACUCCGCCCAACCUACUGUACAUGUGUACUCAUCUAUUCACAGUCAUCGCACGACGCGAUCUUCUGGGAUCUGCAAGUACUUGUAAGAAUCUGGUGCAUCCCCAACGCAUGCUUGAGGCUCAACUUUCGGCUCGGGCGGAGGAUAUGUGGGAUAUUGGGUUCUCACCCUGGCAUGGCGUACACGAAGCGGAUCAGAUGAGACAUGAGGUCUUGAAGAUAUGUGCGGAAGCGAGCCUUGAACUCGGUUCAGCUCUCAUGUUCAGAAGCCAGUACGAAGAGUUCGAUAGGCUGUUGAACGAGCUUAUAGACUUCCUUCGGUCCAAUCAUCUGACAGAGGAGCUUUUUCCGCACCUGUGCCUCUUGGUUGCACAAUACGCGCAUGCAGUGGGAUCUAACGUCGCUGCUGAACGGUACUAUCAGGCCUGCCGUGCACUCGUUCUUCCCGGUAGUGAAUUCUCCCUCGCAGUGGAGAUAGGGAUUCUCGGUGUGACGGGGACACUAGAAGGACUACAAUCGCAGAGGAGUCGUCGAGACCGUGUUUUGAAGGCGGUAGAGGCGUGUAAGGGAUCCUCGAGUGCAGCUUUCAAUGCUCUGGGAUGUCUUGUGGCCAGUCUGACAGAUGAGAAUCCCUUGGUCGCAAAGAAACACCUCUCGACCGCAUAUGAGAUUGCCCAGCGCUCAAACAACAACCUGCUCCGAUGUUUGAUAUUCGCCUUCACAACUUCCUCGCAUCAUUACGGUGGACGAGAUAGGAUCCUUAAGCAGCUUGAGACUGGUCGUGAUCUAGCCCACUGGCUCGGUGGAAAGGAUAGGCAAGAUCAAGUGGGACAGAUCCCGUUAGGUGUCUGGUUUGCCGUCAAACUUCAAGGUGAGUCUUCCGGAGCUGUCCCCGGCCAUGAUGACCCAUGA